AUGGGUUCAGCAUAUACUAUAUUAGGAAAACAAGUCCCAGCACACGUUUUGUCCAUUCUUACGUUGGGUUCAGUUGCUGCUGGUGUUGCAAUUCCAAAACUUUUGGGAAGUAACGACGUAAAGAAGGAAGCGGCAGCUAAACCAGCUGCUCCUGUAGCACAGUCAAAAGAAGAGGAUUUCGAUUUAGAGAAAUUCAUAAAGUAUGUUUUUAUUGCAUUUUUAAUCGGGGGGAUAAACCAGUACUAA